GUGGUCAAAAGUGUCAGAAAGUCUAAAUGUCAAAGUCCCGAACAAAAGUAUUUUCUAAAACAUAAUAUUUAUAAAUCGAUGAUUUCUAAUAAUUUGCUGAUAAACAAUUCACCGUAAUCAAACUAGCCUGAAUAAUUGUUGAAAUUCUAUAAAUUUAGUUCAUAAAAUGAGUACCAUGGAUGAAAUAGAGGAUGAAGCAAAAGCAGCAGCUGAAAAGAUGGUAAUGAAUAUGAUGCAGAGACCUGGACAGCUUGAAAAAGUGGAACACUAUAAAAAAAGGAUAACUCAUAAGAAGGCCUCCAUUGAAGCUCAGCUAAAGUCAGCAGUGCAGGGCAAGCUGGAUGGAGUCAGUGUUGGGUUGAAACAGUUACAAGAAUGCCUGGAGGAUGUUCAACAAGUUAGCCUAAAAAUGGAUGAACUGGAAGAGCUUUUGAAAGGUGUACCACCUCUUGUGGCAUCACUCCAAGCGGUGCGAGAGGAAGACUCGCGCCACUCCCAGUAUGUCACAGCCAUGGACAGUCUCAAACACAUAUUCACAGUACCAGAAAGUGUGGCCAAAACAAAACAAUGGAUAGGAGAAGGAAAACUUCUUCAUGCCCAUCAAUGCCUAAAUGAUCUGGAAAACUCCAGAGAUGAUUUACUAUAUGAACUCCAUAGAUUACCCAACCAAUCUUCACAUGAUAAGAUUAUGUUGAAGGCUUACUUUGAAGAUGUUGAAAUGGUGUCGAAUUUACUGGAGAAACAAAUUAAAUUGAUAUUAGCACGAACUUUGAAUACUGUUCGUAAGGAGCCCACAGUAAUUGUGACAGCAUUGAGAAUAAUUGAAAGAGAGGAGAAAAGGGAUCAAAUGGCUUUACAGCAACAAGACCAAACCGGAUUCAUGCCACCUGGCCGUCCCAAAAAUUGGCGAGCCAAAGCUUUCGAAGUGUUAGAAUGUGCGGUUGCUCAGCGUAUUGAAGGGACACGCGUCGAUGAACGUGAGGAUAAUAAACUGUGGCUGGUCAGGUACCUGGAGCUUACCAGGCAACUCAUAUUGGAAGACUUGAGGGUUGUCAAGACUUUGUGUGUCCCCUGCUUCCCGCCGCAUUAUGAUAUCGUUAACAAAUACGUCAAUAUGUAUCACAUAUGCUUAUCAGCGAGUCUCCAAGAUGUAGUAACUAAUGGCAUAGAAGGCAAUGAGUAUGUUACUCUUUUAUCUUGGAUACUAAAUACCUACCCUGGUCACGAGUUGAUGGGUAGCUCAGAGUUAAAUAUUGACGUAACUACAUUGCCACCUUUAUUGAGCAAAGAAACUAUGCAAAAACUGCAGGAUGAAUAUUUGCAGAAAAUGGAGUCAAACUACAUGGAGUGGAUGGAGAAGACGCUGGAGUCGGAGCGCGCGGAGUGGGCGGGACAGCGGGCGCCCGACGUGGAGCCGCACUCCAACGCCUACCACACGCACGCGCCCGUCAUCAUCUUCCAGAUGAUCGACCAGAACUUGCAGGUGACUGAAACUAUAAGCAAAGAAAUAACGUUUAAAGCGUUGCUGCUCAGCAUCGACCAAGUUACACGUUACGGAAAUAUGUACAGAGAUGGAGUUAUACAGUUUAAGAACGGUCACUUCGCGGACCGGUCGCGCGUGGCGUACUUCACGCACCACAUGAUCACGAUCGUGAACAACAGCGAGCAGAUGGUGCGGCUCGCGCAGCAGACGCAGACGCGCCACUGGCCGCCCGCCCGGCACGACCCGCCCGCUGAGGCCAAGUUCGACAAAAUGCUUAACACAUUCCAGAGUUUAAGAGAUGAAGCUGCGCAAUUUCUUCUUGAGGAAGCAUUCCUGGACUUAGAAGUUCACUUCGAUGAUCUAUUUACAGCGAAAUGGUUGCAUUCUACUAUUCCAGUGGACACUAUUUGUAUCACACUCGACGAUUACUUUCAAGACUACAAUCAUUUGAGAGAUAAAAACUUUGAGUAUGUUAUAAACGAAGCUCAAAACUUGGUGUACAAAAAGUACAUUACAGCUAUGUUAUCGAAGAAAGUCGCUUUCAAAAAUGUGGAGGAAGCUCAGCAAGCUGCCACUAAGAUAGUGAAAGAGGCGAACCAAAUAAGGUCUUUCUUUAGAAAGAUAGCUGCAGAUGGUGUCAAUGUGGAUUGGCCCUUCGAAGUCAUCAGUAUGCUAGCGGAGGUGCUGCGGUGCCAGGACAUCGAGAUGCUGUCGCUGGACCUGCACGGCGUGGUGGCGAAGUGCCCCGACAUGUCGGAGGAGCAGCUGUGGCGCCUGGUGUGGCUGCGCGGCGACGUGCCCCGCGCGCGCCUGCGCGACACCGUGCACAUCGCGCUCGCCAGCCGCCCGCCGCCGCGCGCCAACUCGCACCCCUCGCUCUUCAAGCACAUCACCUUCAGCGACCGCCUGCUUUCGCACUUCAACCUCUAAACCUACUUACACCACACUUCAUACUCUUCCACUCAAAUCAUUUCACCUUUUAGUAGCUCAAAAAUGUAGGUUUUGCUGCUUAAAAACAAUUAUCAAAAUCAACUUUCCUCAUUAGUGAGACAAAGCAUGGCCAUCCGAAUUAACUGCUUGUGUCUCGCGUGAAUCCGCGCGCUACAAAGGGUUAAGCAGCAAAACCUUCAUGUUAGAGCUACUUAAGUGAAAAUAACUAUUGAAAUUAUCUGUUUGGAGCCUCCGGCGUGCGCAGUAGUGUUUUGUAAGUACAUUUCCACGAGAAGAGCUACUCGCCAUGUUUCGUAUUCAGUCUACUUCUCCGAAGCAAGCUAGUAGUUACUAAUGAAUGCGUACUGAUUCAAUAUUCGAACACAACACUAUUGCGCGUGCCCAAGACAUCAAUGGCUUCAGACGGGUGAUGUUACUUCAUGAUGUAAGAUAUAGUUUACUCAACUAGUAUUAUGGGGUGCAUAAAAUUAUAUUUAAACUCGAUCACUUCAUAUUUAUCUUGGCAUAUGCUAUAAAAGAUGAAGUCAAACUGGAAUGAGCCUUAUCUAAAUUUGUUUAAAACAUUGUUUCAACACUGUUUCUAGUUGGGUUAGUGGCCGGAAUGACAGAAGACUUAUAGCUGUAAUAAUUUUCUGAAUAAUGCCCAUUGAGUAUUCACCAACGCUAACGUAGUUUACUAGUACCUAAGUAUUUUUAAUUUAUGUACCUAUGUAUAAAUUGUGUAAAAUAAUAAAUCUAUAUAUUUAUAUAAAA